AUGGUUUGCCAAGGCCCUGAACCGCCAGAUAAUUCUGCACAAAACUUAACGCUGCCCCCUAGACACGAGUUGGUAACAAAUGGGCAUCAAGAAGAUAGCGAUGAUGAACAAAACGAACACUUUGGAUACGAGCCGUUACCUCAAGGUCCCGAAGCAGUACAUUCUGAUCAUGAUAGUGAUGACGACUGUGGCGUAAAUGAAGCUCAAUCAGGAGAAACCCCACCUGACAUUCCUCCUAUUGAACCUAUGGAGAGUAUACUGGCCAGAGAGGUAUGGUGUGCACCAAGAACUUCAGAUCCUAUACAGAUGGACAAUGAAAGAGCUCAACAGGUAAUGUUGGCUAUGGCCAAUUUUGCAUUACCACAGACAUCCAUUCCUGAAUGGGCUCAGAGUAUAACAGAAGAACAAUGGAAGCAAACAUUACAAGAUAGAAUAGAAAAACUAAGAGAAAAUAGAUAA